AUGCACGCCCAUCGCCUUCCCGGCCUCCUCCUGCACGCCUGCUGCGCGCUGGUCCACGCCGGCACCGCCACGCUGGUCUCGGGGUCCCUCGAGACACAGGGACAGCCGUCGCCGAACCCGCUGGCCUAUAUGCUGAGCCUGUACCGUGCCCCGCUGCCUCGGGCCGACAUUAUCCGCAGCCUGCAAGCUCAAGAUGUGCAGGUGGACGGGCCACGCUGGGCCUUCGCUUUCGACUUCUCCUUCCUGAACCAAGAGGAGGAGCUGGAGUGGGCCGAGCUCCGGCUGCGGCUGGAGCCCCCCAUCCCACUCCCCGCCCACGGCCCGCUCUCCAUCGAGCUCUUCCACCAGCCCAAGCCAGCCGAGGGCCAGGCCCACGCCGGCUGCCCGCAGCGCCACCACAUGGACCUGUUCACUGUCCCCCUGUCCCAGGUGACCUUCGUCUCCAACAGCGUGGUCCUGGAGGUGACCAGGCCGCUCUCCAAGUGGCUGAAGCGCCCAAGGGAGCUGGAGGAGCAGGUGUCCAGCCUGGCUGGAGAGUGUCGGCCACAGCCUCCCUCGCCUACGGGCCCCAACAACACCGCCAGUGACGUGUUCCUCUUGCUCUACUCCAACCUGUCCCCAGAGCAGAAGCGGCUGGGCAGCUCCACCCUGCUCGGGGAAGCCGAGAGCUCCUGGCGGGUCCAGGAGGGACAGCUGUCUCGGGAGAGGGGCCGGAGGCAGCGGCGCUAUCACCUGCCUGACAGGAGCCAGCUGUGUCGCAAGGUCAAGUUCCAGGUGGACUUCAACCUGAUCGGAUGGGGGUCCUGGAUCAUCUACCCCAAGCAGUACAACGCCUACCGCUGCGAGGGUGUGUGCCCGAACCCCGUGGGGGAGGAGUUCCAUCCCACCAACCACGCCUACAUCCAGAGUCUACUGAAACGGUACCAGCCACACCGAGUCCCGUCCACGUGCUGCGCGCCGGUGAAGACAAAGCCCCUGAGCAUGCUCUAUGUGGACAACGGCCGAGUCCUCCUCGACCACCACAAGGACAUGAUCGUGGAAGAAUGUGGGUGUCUCUGA